AUGAAGUUCAGCAUCGGGCCGAGCCUGGCGAAGAGGUUAGGCGACGGGGCCAAGGCAGGGGUGGCGGGAGCAGCGGCGGUGGGAGCGACGAGCGCUGGAGGUAUGGCGGAGGGGGGAGGGGCAGUCAGAGAAGCGGACGGCAUGGGCGGAGAGGAAGCAGCGGGGCGCAGCUCGAGAGAGGCUGGCGUUAAUCCGCUUAGUGGCGGUGCUGCGGUGGUGCGCGGCGAGGGUGAGGGGCAUGCGGUGAUCAUCGGCCCUCCGCGCCCCCCGGGCCCCCUGGAGGAGGGUGCUGGCGGGUUGAUUGGCCCUCCUGCCCCUGCUGCUCGCAGCAGACAGCAGCCCCCCCGUGGGCGGAAGAAGGGGCGAGCGGCAGGGCGGCAGGAUGAGCACAGGAGCGAUGGUAGUGAUGAGGAUGAUGAUGAUGAGGAGAAGGAGGAGGAGGAGGAGGAGGAGGAGGAGGAGGAGGAGGAGGAGGAGGAGGAGGAGGAGGAGGAGGAGGAGGAGGAGGAGGAAGCAGAGGCGGAGGAGGGCGACGAGUUUGGAGUGCUGCUGAGCAAUGAGAUUGUUCUGGGGGGCCACACCAAGGCAGUGGCGGCGCUGGCGGUGGAUCCAACGGGCACGAGGGUGAUCAGCGGCGGCUACGACUACUGGCUGCGCUUCUACGACUUCCACCACAUGGACUCACGGCUCAAGGCCUUCCGCGAGGUGCUGCCGUGCGACGGCCACCAAGUGCGCGCCGUGUCCUUCAGCCCCUCCGCUGACCUCCUCGCCACCGGCAGCGCCCAGGCCAAGCCAAGGUGCGCCCAGGCGAAGGUGUCUCGCUCCCACCAAUACCAUAAGCUGCUCACAUGGGUGACAGACCAGGUGGUCGGUCGGCCACAGACGGGGUUGCAGGCGUCAUCUCGCCGCACCCCUCUGCUGACGCCCCACCUCCCUGCUGCCCGUUCCCUCACUGCGUCGCCAUGGGUUGUGGUGGCGGGGCAGGAGCAGGUGUACGACAGGGACGGGCGCAGCAAGGGCGAGAUGGUGCGCGGCGACAUGUACAUUCGCGACCUGCGCAACACCAAGGGGCACAUCGCGGGGCUCACCACCGCGCAGUGGCACCCCUGCGAGCGCCACACCGCACUCACCACCUCCGAUGACGGCUCGCUGCGCAUGCGCGACUUCAAGUCGCAGAAGAAGGGCGGGUGCCUUGAGACGUCUCAAAACAGGGCGGGUGGCGGUGACAGCAGCGGAGUGGGCCCUGAUGGCCGCCUCGUCGCUGCUGGCCUCCACGAUGGCUCGCUGCGGGUGUGGAGUGUGAAGUCAGGGUGGGAUUCGCUGCCCGACCUGCUGUGUGCCGAUGCGCAUGAGAGGGGCGACGACAUCACAAGCAUCGCCUUCUGCUCUGAUGCCUCCCUGCUUGUCUCCCGCUCCAUGGAUGGCAGCAUGAAGGUGUGA